GCCCAAAACGUUACACAAUAGGAAAUUCCCAAGAACCCUAAUAUAACACACAUCUCUGAAAUUCUACAAAACCCUAAAUCCUGCUUCUAUCGUCCCCGUCUGCAAGAGAAGAGAAGAGGAUAGCAGAGCUGCAAUUCGCUACUUCCAAUUCUCAAGGGGACCACAGUUGCUUGGAGGAGACAAUGGCUUACGCUGCAAUGAAGCCUACGAAGCCAGGGUUGGAGGAGUCUGGAGAGCAGAUCCAUAAGAUUAGGAUCACUCUUUCCUCGAAGCAUGUCCAGAAUCUCGAAAAGGUUUGCAGUGACUUGAUUCGUGGUGCUAAGGAUAAGCGCCUCAGGGUUAAGGGACCUGUUAGGAUUCCAACUAAAGUUCUUAACAUUACCACCAGGAAAUCCCCAUGUGGAGAAGGUACCAACACAUGGGACAGAUUUGAGCUGCGUGUGCACAAGAGAGUCAUUGAUCUCUACAGUUCACCUGAUGUGGUCAAGCAGAUUACCUCAAUCACAAUUGAACCUGGUGUUGAGGUUGAGGUGACCAUUGCAGAUGCUUGAUUUUAGCUGAGAAUUUAGUUUUUCAAUGCAUUCUUCUUUAAUUUGUAUUUAGCCUCGUGGCUAGGAAUGUGUCGAAUCGAGUACAUUAGAGCUAAUCUAUUUCAUUUUGCUGAAAAUUUUGAAGUUAAUUUACUGUGGUUGGGGGAAUUGAGACUUGAUCGUAAUCAUGUUUUACGGUUGCCAGGAUUCAUGAAUACCAUUAAGAAUCAUAUGAAAUAUUUUUAGCUUUUGAGUGAAAUUAGAUUACAAUUUGUUGUAGUAA